UUUUUUUCAGGUGUGUUAAUGCCAUAGGCUAAUGCACAUGCGUGGGAUGGUCGAAGUUUCUAGAACCGGGACCAUGGAGGUAUAUAAGAAAGCUCGAGGUGUAAAAGUCCCGCGACACCUAAAAGAUUGAAUAAAAAUAUGUUAGUGAGUCAUUUUAUAGUUUUACAAUUUGGAUAUAUGAUUUUAAGCAGUGGGCAGACCAUGGAUCCGGCUCCAGUCGUGCGGAACCAGACGGCUGUUAACGGGAGUCUCGUCAUCCUGCCGUGUUCGUUUCCCGGUGAGGAGAUCGUCGGGGUCUGUUGGUACAGAACUGACAAAAAGUCACAACAAGGACACUGUGACAGGGAAUACGUCCUCCUGCACCGUGACAACAACACCAGUACAACCUUCCAGGAUGCAGCGUACCAGAACCGAGUCAGCCUGAAGGACGGACUGCAGGGCGGCAACGUGUCUUUACUUCUUAGAAACGUCAAGUACAGCGACAGUGGAUCAUAUGAGUGCCAGGUUUUCUACAGAGGUAUUGAAGGCAAUGAACAGAAAACUGUGUGUGUCGUCAAUCUGACAGUUAAGACCUCAGAUGGAAGAAACAUCACAGCUGAAGACAUUAACAGAAAAAACAGCAAUUUACCUGUUGCUUUGUCUGUUACAACUGUCUGUAUAGUGAUUAUUAUUAUUAUUAUUGUAUUAGUCUACAUUAAAAGAAAACAGAAGAAGAAGACAAUGAAAUCUUCUUACCUGUCUAAUUAUUGUAAGUUGUUCUUUUAUGAUGACGAAUAAAAAGAUUGACGACUUUGAA